AUGUAUGCACAUGGUCUGUACAAUCGCUACUGCGUCUGGACGGGCUGGUUCUGCCAUAUCCUUCUCGUCACGAUCGAGCUGGUACACUUGGGAUACUUUGCGCUCGAUCUUGCCGGCCGCCUGCACCAUGUCCCUGCGUAAGUCCAGCCAGCAUCCCGGAGCCAUUCCAGCAGCAAGAAGAUCCACUGACUUGAUCACAGUGGAUACGGUGUCGGAUGUGCUCUCGCCUUCUUGUUUUAUUGCACGGAGCCAAUGGAGGUGGUGCUAUGGUCCUAUCACCUCCUGGAACCCUGGGUUUACCUCUCGCUUCAGACCUGCAAGGCCGCACUGUGGAGUGCGCUUUCCGGUGUUGCGAUCUGGGUCACAAUCUGGUCCGCCGUCCAGCCUUCAUGGAUGAGAGGGCCCAUGCACGCGGCACACGUCCUCACAGUGUAAGUCAGGUGUGGAGGAUGUGCUCCCGAAUCCGACAUGCUGAUGGACGUGACCAGCUUGUCGUACUGGACGACGUUCAUCUACGCCACGAUGGUCUUCCACCAGCACAGAAAAUCCAAGGGAUAUCAAGAAGAGCUUGGAGGAAUUGAGGAAGCCGGCGAGCGUGCCGAUAUCAGAUUGGCCGGUCAUCGCCAGCCAUCCGGAGUGUACAGGCCGGCAUCCAGCAUUUAUGAGCCAUACUAG